UAGCAUAGACCAAGACAUGAAUAUUGUUUCUACUGGAAAUGGGAACUCUAUGGCAAUAAAUCAUCAGGAACUUCACUAUUUCCAGGGUUAUGGGGAAAACUAUGCCCUCCUCUACCCUAGAGGGAGUUCUGAAGACAGUGCAAGUACUGUGGACACAAUCUCUGUCUCUGCUUCAGACUACAGUGCAGAAGGACGCUUGCGUCUUCGCUCACGGUCCAUCUCACUUAAGAAAUCCAAGCGCAAGCCACCACCUCCUGUCAGGAGUGUGUCUCUCAUGAAAAACCUUGGGGAAGCUGAGGGAAGAAUUCGACGCGAGGUCGGUCUUUACCGAGAUGGCCGACCAAAAAGCCUUCACAUACCUAGGGACCACUUCCCAGACUUUCAGCCAGAUUUCCUUUUGCCUAGUCCAUCUUGUUCUGCUAAAGCUAGUGUUUGUGAAAGGGAACCAGGCCCUGGGGGAAACGAUGGACCUCCAAGUUUGGAGAUCCAAGCACCAGAGGGGGAAAGAGAAACAGACUUGACAUUUCCUUCUCACUGGCAGUUGGGAGAAUGGAAAAGCAAUGACCCUUACAGGUCUUUGUCAGGCUCCAGCACAGCAACAGGUACCACAGUAAUUGAAUGUAUGAAAGUCAGAAGUAGCUCAGAGUCCCUACUGGACUCUCCUUCCACUUCCAGAGCUACUUCCCCUUCACAGCUCUCUAUGGAGACUGAUGUGAAGGCUUCCUCACCCUUAAAACCGCCAGGACUUAUCUCACCAUCAAGUGGUUACUCAAGUCAGUCAGAGACUCCCACCCCAACUCUACACCCAACUACAGGGUGUAGGAUGCGCCCAAAGAUUCCAGAGAGGAAAUCAUCACUACCAUCUCCAAAGGACCCAACUGCCAGGUCUAGAUUGUCCUUUGAAAUGCCUGGGAAUGCACAUCUGGAGCUGUCAUCAAUCAAGCCAAAGCAAAAGGCUAGCAGGCGGCAUUCUGACACUUCCACAGCUCCAAAACCAGGAAAAAUCAGUCCUAGUUCAUCUCAGGCAUUGCCUGUGGUUACCCAGAAUGAGCUCAAGACCAUAAGACUUCGCUCUGUUUCCCGUGGUGACCUAGAGGACUGUCCAGAUGGGGCUUCUGACACAAUUGAAGAAGAACAUGGCAGAGACAUUGGUGAAGACCCCAGCCCACCACCAACUCUAAAGAAACUCAAGCCACCUGUUGCUGUCAAGCCUCCGUUGCCCAAACGACCUAUAAAUCUCAUUCUUAAGUCUCCUUCCCCUUCCUCUAACUCUCCACUUGCCCUUGACUCACCUCCAGCCUCACCUGUGGAACGGCCGGUACCUCUAGGCAACAUCUACAAAGUCAUGAAAAAGCCCAAACCUAAAAAACCACCACCGCAACCUUCAACAAGUCCUGUUGUUCUUCCAGAUUCAAAUUCCACCAGUGUGCCACAGACUUCCUAUGACCACCAAUUUCUCCCUCAUUCCCAGUCUCUUUUUGAUCUCCCUCCUCUCCCAGACCCCCAGCCUCUUCUAGAAGACCCACUGCUAGAACCUGAAUUUGAUGGUGAAUCAGACAUACAUCUUGGCCCACAGGAUGGAGGCUCCCUCCCCUCACCCUGCAGUAACCAGGAAGCCCUUGACCUCCAGGACAAGAGCAAGACACUCCCCUCACGGAUGGCAAUGUUCUGCCUGGCAGAGCUGUCUGACAAAAAGAAACCCAAGGUUCCUCCUCCAGUUCCCAAGAAGCCAAAUGUCUUGCUUCUUCCCACAUCAAUCCACUCCUCCACUAAUGGCACCACAGACCAACAGAUAUCACAGACCAACAGCCCUGUGAGCCUGCGAUCCCCUGUUGCAGUGUUUACACAAGAUGAGAAUAUUGUGACUUCUAGUGUUCCUGAGAUGCCUGAGCAAGAUGCGAACCAAUUGGCCACAGAUGAGGACAGUUCGAAAGAGUCAUCCCUACAAUCAUCCCUCCAGGAUACUUCCCUUACAGAACUGGAAGAAAAGCUGUUCAGCACUGGUAUUGGAUCAGAUGAGUCAGCUCAGGAUGAGAAGUCUGUCCUCCACAUCGCUGAGGAAACAGAGGACAAUUUGUUGGCCAGCACAACUACGACACACACCACUGAAGAUUUGUUCACCAUAAUACACAGAUCCAAACGAAAGGUUCUGGGUCGUAAGGAGCCGUCUGACUCUUUUGGCAGCCGCCAGAGCCUGGUGUCGCCUGUGAAGCACAGCACCAGCGGGAUUGACAUCAGAAAUCUUACCUUGGGCAGCAGCCAGAGGUCUACUUCUCGCAAUGAGAACUUCAUGGCUCUGCUUCAGAAGAAAGGCAACAAGUCUUCAGGUGGAGGAUCGAGAGUGUCUGCCAUGGAGCUUUUAAAGAGCACAAACCCCCUAGCCCGACGUGUCACUGAAUUUUCAACAACCACGGCAUCAAAUGCGGAGGGAGGAGAUACCCCAUGUGGGAAUGAUAAACCCACUGACCAGUGAAUGGAAACUUUACAGACGUUAACUGGAUCUUUUACUGAAAUCAACCAAUUCUCCAAUCUGCCGCUCAUUGAGGAUGGAGCUCGUAAUACUAGCAUAUUCAGCAGGACUGCCCCAACCUCUGACUGACCAUUUGCACUGUCCAAUCAAAUUGGAGCCAAUGUUUGGACAAAGUGGUCUUUCCCAAGGUUGGUGCGCUGUUGUUCACGAUCAGAUAUGUCCUUCAAGACACCAGGGGAGACAAAAGCCGGUUCUUUUAUAGACAAUGGUGGAUGUAUUGAGGUCAUUUUUUGUUACUAAGCUCAAUGUGGAAGUCAAAGGAGUAUCUGGAUGGGUGGAGAUGAAACUGGGAAUGUAAAAACAUACAGUGAAUUUUGUCACUCAUUGCUCCUUUUGGAUAGAGACAAUAAAGAUAACCAUAACAACAGGGGUAAAUACUUCUGAAUCUGUAACCAAACUGAUCUGCUAUGGUACCGCCGAGGAUCAGAAAUCAAAUUAGUCCCAGAAUCAAGUGGAAUACUCUAAAGAACACCGGAGACCUGCACAAUCUUUCCACUACAGGUCUGACACCUGUAGUUUGACACCUGAAUUGGAGGGUUGAUCGCUAAAUUGCGAUCAAGCAACUGUGGAAGGUAACAUGACUAAACCAUGAGCAUGGUCGAUGCAAUAGCAUAGCAGCCCUUUCAUUUUCAGCAUUGAAGUGCCCGAUUUACAAAGAGAAACUGCAUGGGGGCGUUGCGCCACCAAAGACGAGGCAUGAGCAUGUUCCACAUUUUGUUGCCCGUGCUGUAAAAGUGAACAUGGACCUUCACAAAACAUUCCACAGAGACGCCUUGCCAAUGGACAAGUUCGCAACACAAAGCACUUUUGUUUUUGCUGGCCUUGGAGGCUGUUUACAUGGCGCCGUUACUUUUUCGCCCUCAUCAAUCAUUA